AUGCUCGCCAUCGCCGCGUCGCCGAUGGGCGUCCAGCUCCACUGCCUCGACCCGUCCGAUCCCGCCCCAGCCGCCGUCGCGUCCAAGCACACCUUGGGUUCCUAUCAAAACCGCGACGACGUCAUCGCCUUCGCCAAGGACUGCGACGUGGUCACCGUGGAGAUCGAGCACAUCGACACAAAGGCACUCAAGGAGCUCGAGGACAUGGGCAUCGACGUACAGCCCACGAGCCGCACGCUGUCUAUCAUCCAGGACAAGUACGCGCAGAAGGAACACUUCGCCAAGGCCGGCGUCCCCCUCGGCGACUUCAAAUCGGUCGCCGACGAGGCUGAGCUCCAAGCCGUCGCGGAUGAUUUUGGAUUCCCGCUCAUGAUCAAAUCGCGUCGCAUGGCUUACGAUGGCAAGGGCAACGCGGUGGCCAAGACGUCGGGCGAUCUGUCCGACGCCGUAGCCAAGCUGGGCGGCUACGAUAAGGGCCUGUACUGCGAGAAGUGGGUCCCGUUCGUCAGGGAGCUGGCCGUCAUGGUCGUCCGGAGCAAGUCCGGCGAGGUCAGGGCGUAUCCGGUGACAGAGACUGUUCACGCGAACAACAUCUGCGACGUCACCACGACCCCGGCGAACAUCCCCGCGUCCGUCGCGAAGGAGGCGACGAUCGCUGCGAAAGCUGCGGUGGCGUCGCUGGAGGGCGCGGGCAUGUUCGGGGUCGAGAUGUUCCACCUCGAGGACGGGCGGAUCCUUUUGAACGAGAUUGCCCCUCGGCCGCACAACAGCGGACACUACACCAUCGAGGCUUGCGCGUGCUGCCAGUACCAGAACACCCUCCGCGCCAUCAUGGGCUGGCCCUUGGGCGACACGGACAUGCGCGUGGGUGGCGCGGUGAUGAAGAACAUUCUCGGCGACGGCGAGGGGGACGCGGCGAUGAGGCGAAUGCACGACGUCAUGGGCGCCGCCCUAAAGGUUCCGGGCGCUAACAUGCACUGGUACGGAAAGGAGGCGUCUAAGGCUGGCCGCAAGAUGGGUCACCUCACCGUGACCGGAAAGCACCCCACGGAGGCCACCGCGCGACUCGAGCAGGUCCUCACCAUCGCCAGCGGCGAGCCCGACGCCAAACCCGACCUUCCCCCGCUGGUCGGCAUCAUCAUGGGUUCCGACUCUGAUCUCCCCACGAUGGCGGCUGCGGCUGAGACGCUCGAGUCCUUCGGCGUGGGCGUCGAGGUGACCGUGGUCAGCGCGCACAGGACCCCCGAGCGCAUGUUCGAGUACGCCCGGUCCGCCGCGUCACGAGGGCUGCGAUGCAUCAUCGCCGGAGCCGGCGGCGCGGCGCAUCUCCCCGGGAUGGUCGCCUCCAUGACCCCGCUACCCGUCAUCGGCGUUCCCGUCCCGCUCAAGCACCUCGACGGCGUGGACUCCGUGCACAGCAUCCUGCAGAUGCCCAAGGGCGUGCCCGUGGCCACGGUAGCGAUCGGUAACUCGACGAACGCGGGGUUACUCGCGGCGAGGAUCGUCGGCGCGUAUCAGCCGGAGGUUUUGGUUCAGAUGGAGGAGUACCAGGCGGACAUGAAGACGGUGGUGACGGACAAGGCUGAGAAGAUGGAGACGAAGGGGUGGAAGGAGUACCUCGGGGGCAUGAAGGGCAAGCCCGAGAGCAUGAAGUGA